UUACCGAACUCUGCACAAGUUCUAAAUAAUGAACGUGUAGCAGGUGUUUAAACUUCUGUCAACGUAUUUUAUUUGAAAGCAUAAGUUCUCGCUAUUAACAUGGCUGUUGAAAUGAAUAUUUACGGAAAGUUUAUUUGUGUUGUUUGUGAAGAAAAAGAUGGUUCAGAGUUCGUGGAAGCUGUACCAUACAAUUGGUUUAAUAAUAAUUAUAUUUAUUGGCCAAGGUCGAAGAAAAAUCAAAAGAAGCAAUGCCGAUUGGACUUUCCAGCGAAUUUUAACGAUUCCGACGAAUGGGAGCCGUGUAGAUUGCUUAGGCUGAAAGGCGUUUUUGAAUUAUUUGAUGCAGCCUCGGAUGCUGCAAAAAAAUUGAGUCGGUUCGAGGAUACUGAUGAUGAAAAUCGAAAUAUAAGCAAUAUAAGUCGAACUCGUCAACAAUUUCAUCAACACGAAAAAAUUAAAAAUGAGUAUGAAACUAUUAUGUCGGCUCAGAGCCAACACCAGCCAAGGCCUUCAAGUCAACUAGCACAGCCGACUAACUUGCAGCCAUUUGUGAGUCCGACAGCAAUUAUUUCACCACAAGUUCAAGAAUUUUAUCCAAAUGAAAUGAAAUCAUUGAACGAAGGUGUACACAAUACAGGACCAAAUGAAGGGGUCGAACUACCAAGCGAAGAAGAAUUACUUCAGUUUCUUAAACUAAAUUCAAAUGAAGCAAAUGUUUUAAAAUACUAUUUGGUGGGCAUUUCAAGUUUCCUGAAUCAAAAUAAUACCUGCAAACAUAAUAACGACGUUCUCGCAUCCAUCCAAGAAUUGAAAAACUCUGUGGAAUAUCUAGGAAGUGAAGUAUUUGCACUACAGGAGCUUGUAAAAUCAGGGUCGGUGACUAAAUUCAUGAACAAGCCCCGUGAAAAACGUUCCCUAAUAUCUGACUCGACUACAGAAGAAUGGGUAGCAUCUGAAGAAUAUGAAGGUAUAUCAUUUCCCAGACUGCCGAUCACCUCAAUUGAUGUGCUAAAUCAUUUCAAUGCGGAGUUGACUGAAAACCAAAAUGAGUAUGUACAAAAAGCAACAGACUACAUUCUAUCAAAACUGGACCACGUUAAGAAAACUAAAAAACAAUUCACGCGACGAACACAAUUAAAAUCAAUGCUCUUUGCUGAUUCACUUUUAAAAACGUGCACAUGGAAAAUAGCUGCACCAGGAAAACCUAACCGCUUUUCUUUGCUAAGUGCCAUUUUAAUACUAUUUGUAGACUUCGUAAACCAAAAUGUCGAUGAAAAGAUAGACUUAAUUAGUACUCAAAAAUACUUUAGAGAUUUGCUGAAGAGAAAAAAUGCUGAAGNCGCAAAUAUUUAA